AUGACGGUCACAGCGCCCACAGCAUCUGCUCGUUUACUGACCAUCUUAAUUCAGCAAAGGCAAGGGCAGGGCUAUGCCGAGGCACAGUCGGGAGAACGCGGCGGUUGUCUCUGCACAGCCCUCCCCAGCCUGGACCAGAAGAAGCGCGGCGGGCACAGAGCGUGCUGCCUGCCGACGCCCCCGCCGCCGCCGCUCUUCCCGCCUCCGUUCUUCAGGGGGGGCCGCAGCCCGCUCCUCUCCCCAGACAUGAAGAACCUCAUCCUGGAACUGGAGACCUCGCCGUCCUCGUGCAUGCAAGGCUCGCUCGGCUCCCCUGGGCCUCCCGGCCCCCAGGGUCCACGAGGACUUCCUGGCAAGACAGGACCAAAGGGAGAAAAGGGGGAGCUUGGCCGACCAGGAAGGAAGGGCAGACCUGGCCCCCCAGGUGUUCCUGGUAUGCCUGGGCCUGUCGGCUGGCCAGGCCCUGAAGGACCCAGGGGUGAAAAAGGUGACAUGGGUAUGAUGGGCCUGCCAGGGUCAAGAGGACCAAUGGGCUCCAAGGGAUACCCUGGAUCCAGAGGGGAAAAGGGAUCUAGAGGUGAAAGGGGCGACUUGGGUCCCAAAGGAGAAAAGGGCUUCCCAGGAUUUCCUGGAAUGUUGGGACAAAAAGGUGAAAUGGGCCCAAAGGGUGAGCCUGGGAUAGCAGGACACCGAGGACCCACAGGAAGACCAGGAAAACGAGGCAAGCAGGGACAGAAGGGAGAUAGUGGAGUUACGGGCCCACCCGGCAAGCCUGGGGCUUCUGGUCAACCCGGCCGCCCAGGCCCCCCGGGACCCCCAGGCCCCCCGUCUGCAGGACAACUUGUCAUGGGACCCAAAGGGGAAAGAGGAUUUCCCGGGCCUCCAGGAAGAUGUCUCUGUGGACCCCCUGUGAAUGUGAAUAACCCUUCCUACGGGGAAUCCGUGUAUGGGCCCAGUUCCCCGCGAGUUCCUGUGAUUUUUGUGGUCAACAACCAGGAAGAGCUCGAGAGGCUGAACACCCAAAACGCCAUUGCCUUCCGCAGAGACCAGAGAUCUCUGUACUUCAAGGACAGCCUUGGCUGGCUCCCCAUCCAGCUGACCCCUCUCUACCCUGUGGAUUAUGCUGUAGACCAGCACAGCACCUGUGGGGACGGGGUCCUGCAGCCUGGGGAGGAGUGUGACGACGGUAACAACAAUGUGGGUGACGACUGCAUCAGCUGUCACCGGGCCUACUGUGGAGACGGUCACCGGCAUGAGGGUGUGGAGGACUGUGAUGGCUCCGACUUCGGCCACCUGACGUGCGAGACCUAUCUGCCUGGGUCGUAUGGAGACCUGCGGUGCACCCGGUACUGCUACAUCGACUCCACGCCCUGCCGCUACUUCACAUGAGGGCCCCGCGGGGAAGGUGGGCUGCGCCCCACGUCACCGGCAGCAGCGUCUUCACUGUACCAACUGGCCUUCGCGCUGUCCUGGUCCAGUCUCCGCCAACCUUUGUGCGACAAAAACAAACUCCUGCUGCUAAGACGUGCUUUUAACUCAGUCUGACUGGAAGAAUUUUAGGACCACUGCAUCCUGUCUUGCUCCAAAGGACCAGAAAACCUUCCACAUGCCCAGCCUGGGAACUGUCCCCCAUCACUACCAUGCGGCCUGACAGCCGCUACAACGCCCUUCCUCUUCCAGACAGUGGCUGACCCAGGCUGUGGACUUGGCUUAGCACUGUUAGACACACACAGGCCUCCGGGGCUGGCAGUUUGUCUCGAUCUCCCGUCUGGGGAGUCUGGAGUCCGGGCCUCCCGCCCUCUGCCGUCUGCACCGGGCAUGCUCACCGGGGCCGUGGCCACCGGCUCUCCCAAGGCCUGUGAACCACAAAGCAGGAAAGCAGGCACGUUCUUUCAGUGUGGCUCACAGCUUUGGACCCGCCAAGGGACCCCGCAGCUGGCCACAGGCUGGCCCAGACCCGAGUGGAUGUGGCUCCCCCAGGAGAGACUUAACUGUGAAAAAGUACCGAGAAACCCGCCAGACCCAGGCCCGCCCAGCGGAGGGCGGAGGCCACGUGAGCAGCAGCAGGGCAGCGGCCGCCCCCCCUCCCUGCUUCCUUUCGAAAUCCCUGGCAGCAUCUUGACCUCGUGGCUCUCUCUGCACUUUGACCUGUCUUGCGAAUGUCCCUCAUGUCCAUUUCCCAUCCAGGAGACUCACGGGCACAGAGCGACCUCCCCAAGUCCACACCCGCGCAGGCUGUUGGUGUUUCCCUGGUCCUUAGGAAGACACCUCCCUCGGUUUCCCCGCCUGGGGCCCCACCGCUGAGGACACUCCCCUCGCCCAGCCCCGCGCUUCUGCUGACUCCUGUGAGUGCCCUGUGACCGCUUUUGUGUCUGCGUGGUAGCCUUGUCCUCACGUCUGCGAGCCCGUGUCGGUGCUGCAUGUCUGCGAGCUGCCUUUCACCACCGCCCCUCCCGCGUGGGGCUGGGCUUUGCUGUGGAAACGCAUCUCCCGGGGGAGGUCCGCCCCGCGGAAGACCUCAGGUGGGAUUUGCCCGUUUGUUACCGGGUGGACGGACACCCUGGGGUUUUUACAUGGCUGUUUAAUGAGCCUGAGUCUUGGGGACACAGCAGGCAGGAGCCUUGGGCCCAGCAGGCCACCUGCUGGUGGUCUGUUGGUGGCCCAUUUCUCCCACAGGUGACAUCAGCCCGAGGGUGGUGUCUCUAGGGGCGAGUGCGUUGGUUGCUCCGGUUCCCUUGGCCCCUGCAGGUCCUGGGGAGAUGUCGCUUCCCUGCUGCUUCCACCGUCACAUUGAGAUUUCCGGAUGGGAAAUCGAGAAAUAAAGGCAGUUCAU